AUGUCAAGCGCAAAGACAACAGGGGCGAACGCGUCCAACAACAGCAGCUCAGGAGCCCGCUCUCGCGAUCACAACCAAGGAAACCAAGGACGCACCUUUACCCAGGAACAAAAAGAAGCAGUACUCCGCAUCCGUCGCUGCAAACCGACGGCAUUUUACGACAUCCUGGCGCUCACAUCAAAGACGUGCACGGACGCCGAGAUUAAGCGGGCCUACCGGAAGCAGUCUCUCCUAACGCAUCCGGACAAAAACGGGUACGAGCACGCGGACGAGGCGUUCAAGAUGGUUUCCAGGGCUUUUAGUGUACUGGGUGACAAGGAGAAGCGGGAAAAGUUUGACCGCUUCGGGACAGAUCCGGACUCUAGGUUCGAGAGUGCUAGGGCGCAGAACCCGUUUUCUGGGUUUGCACAAAGGAACGCUGGUGGUGGGGGUGGUGGUGGCGGCGGUGGCUUCCCCGGUUUUGCGGGAGGGUUCGAGGAAGAGAUCAGCCCGGAAGAAAUGUUUAGGCGCUUCUUUGGCGGUGGUGGCUUCGGUCAAUUCGGAGGCUUCGACACGGGCCCGCAAUUUGUUUUCAAUAUGGGCGGCGGCCCCGGAAUCCGUGUGCACCAAUUCGGCGGAAACCGGCCUAGGAGACGACCGCGGGCCGAAGGGGAGCCUGACCCCGAUGCCGGGUUGUUGUCAACACUACUCGGCCUACUCCCGAUACUUUUCCUCUUCAUCAUCCCGCUCAUCUCGUCCAUCAUGUCAGGCGGCUCGAAUUCCAUGCCAGACGUGGUCUUUGAUGAGCCGCAAGCGCCGUUUACGCAUAAGGUUAAGAUCCCUGAGCACAACGUGCACUACUACGUGCGGCCAACCGAUUGGCAACAGUUCAAGGGAAACAAUCACAAAAUCGCCCAGCUCAACAAGCACGCGCACGUGACGCUCGUCAACACCCUGACACAUCGGUGCAAUGUGGAGCGACACAGGGAACAGCAGCUUCGGGAGCAGGCACAAGGAUGGUUCUUCCAGGACCCGGAGAAGAUGAAGUUGGCGGAUCAAUUCAAAAAGCCGGCAUGCGAGAGGCUGAGCAAGAUGUCGACGAGGUUUUAA